AUGACAGAGUAAUUCUGUAGUGUGUGUAAAUCUGCAUAUCCAAAAACCAAUGCGGAAAUCCAUCCCUUGCAGCUCCCCACCGCCCGAAAUCUCCCCAGGCACACCUACACAUGACGAUGAUAUAUACGUGUGAGAGGACGAGGUGAGAGCCUUUCCAUUCAUGGCAGCAUUGUCGUCGUUCCAGCACAUCAUUUCUCCGUCACUGUGAGUGUUCGUUUGUCCUUUACCAGUUUUUGAAGAUUUUAUCUGAAGCGCAAAGCCACGGCCCUGAAUUUUUUCUUGGUGGAAAGUGAAGAGGAGAUUGCUUAUCUUUCGUCUAAUCAAUAGUAGUUCUGGACGACUCCAAAGUGUAUAAUACAAUGACUAUAAAAGGAAAUCUGAAGCUUGGGGUUGAUGUGGUUACUGCUCAUAACCUGUUGCCUAAAGACGGGCAGGGUUCAUCGAGCCCUUUUGUGGAGCUCUGUUUCGACGGUCAGCGAUACCGUUCCACUAUCAAGGAGAAGGAUCUUAAUCCCGUGUGGAACGAGAGCUUUUAUUUCAACAUAUCUGAUCCCUCGUUUCUUCACAACCUCACUCUCGACGCUUACAUCUAUAACAACAUCCGAGCAACCCAGUCUAGAGCCUUCCUCGGAAAGGUCAGCAUCAGUGGAACCUCCUUUGUCCCCUACUCGGAUGCUGUUGUGCUGCACUAUCCUCUGGAAAAGCGCGGGAUCUUCUCCCGUGUUCGGGGCGAGCUUGGCCUCAAGGUUUAUAUUACAGACGAUCCUUCGAUCGAGUCAUCUGCUCCUGUUGAGGAAACGCAACAGAAUCCGAUCUCAAAUGUGAAAACCGAGACAAGGCACACAUUCCACACUGUCCCUAAACGGAACUCGUCUGAACCACACAGUCAUGCGCCUCCGGAAGUCGAAGUGACUCAUCAAGCAACUAAAUAUAUGGUCGAUGAGAUGAAGGUUCCCGAACCCAUCCCUCCGAAAUUGGUGCGGAUGCAGUCUGCAUCGUCAGCGCAACCGGUUGAUUAUGCUCUCAAGGAGACGAGCCCUUUCCUCGGCGGGGGGCAGAUUGUUGGCGGUCGUGUUGUCAGGACCGACAGGAAAGCUGUGGGCACCUACGAUCUUGUCGAGAAGAUGCAUUUCUUGUUUGUUAGAGUAGUUAAAGCCCGCGAGCUUCCUGCCAUGGAUGUUACCGGAAGUCUAGACCCGUUUGUGGAGGUGAGAAUCGGAAACUACAAGGGGGUUACGAAGCACAUCGAGAAACAGCAGCAUCCCGUGUGGAAUGUCGUGUUUGCCUUCUCAAGGGAGCGUAUGCAAGCCUCUGUACUGGAAGUCGUCGUCAAGGAUAAAGAUCUUGUGAAAGAUGAUUUUGUCGGUUUCGUAAGAUUCGACCUCAACGAGGUUCCAAUGCGCGUUCCUCCCGACAGUCCUCUGGCUCCCGAAUGGUACCGACUCGAAAAUAAGAAAGGGGAGAAAAUCAAGGGCGAGCUGAUGCUUGCUGUCUGGAUCGGUACACAAGCAGACGAGGCGUUUCCGGAUGCCUGGCACUCCGAUGCAGCUUCGCCUAUCGACAGCUCUGCCGCUGCUUCAGCUCUUAUACGAUCGAAGGUCUAUCAUGCGCCUCGCUUGUGGUAUGUUCGUGUCAAUGUUAUUGAAGCUCAGGACUUAAUUCCGGCUGAGAAGACUCGGUUUCCUGACGCUUAUGUGAAGGCGCAGAUCGGGAACCAAGUAAUGAGAACGAAACCGAUUCAGGCACAGAACUUCAACCCCUUGUGGAAUGAGGAUUUGUUUUUUGUUGCCGCAGAGCCGUUUGAAGACCAUCUUAUUCUAACAGUUGAGGACCGGGUGGCUCCUGGAAAAGAUGAAAUAAUCGGGAGGGUCAUUAUUCCGUUGAACAUGGUAGAAAAGCGUGCCGAUGAUCGCAUCAUUCAAUCCCAUUGGUUCAACCUAGAAAAGCCGGUUUUAGUCGAUGUCGAUCAGCUGAAGAAAGAUAAAUUCUCUAGCAAGCUUCAUCUUCGCGUCUGCUUGGACGGCGGCUACCAUGUCCUCGACGAAUCGACUCAUUACAGUAGCGAUCUCCGGCCCACAGCGAAACAGCUUUGGAAGCCACCGAUCGGUGUUUUGGAACUCGGGAUCCUAAGCGCCGUGGGACUUCACCCAAUGAAGACUCGCGACGGGAAGGGCACGUCCGACACAUACUGUGUGGCGAAAUACGGGCACAAAUGGGUCCGGACUCGUACCAUUGUCGACAACCUGUUCCCGAAAUACAACGAGCAGUACACUUGGGAGGUCUUCGAUCCGGCAACGGUCCUCACAGUCGGCGUCUUCGACAACAGCCAGCUAGGCAACAAUGGCAACAAGGACCUGAAGAUCGGGAAGGUUCGAAUCCGAAUAUCGACGCUGGAAACUGGCCGAGUCUACACCCAUUCGUAUCCUUUGCUCGUUCUCCAUCCUUCCGGCGUCAAGAAGAUGGGGGAACUGCAUUUGGCGCUUCGAUUCUCUUGCACGUCGUUCGUCAACAUGCUGUACGUAUACUCGCGACCGUUACUGCCGAAGAUGCAUUACAUCCGGCCGUUCUCCGUCGUACAGCUCGACAUGCUGAGGCAUCAGGCUGUUAACAUAGUGGCCAUGAGGUUGGGGCGGGCGGAGCCGCCGCUCCGGAAGGAGGUCAUAGAGUACAUGUCUGAUGUUGACUCGCACCUUUGGAGCAUGCGCCGGAGCAAGGCCAACUUUUUCCGGCUGAUGACUGUCUUCACCGGAUUAUUCGCCGCCGGGAAAUGGUUCGGCGACAUCUGCAUGUGGAAGAACCCGGUCACGACGGUGCUCGUCCAUUUGCUGUAUCUCAUGCUUAUUUCCUUCCCGGAGCUGAUUCUUCCCACUGUCUUCCUUUACAUGUUUCUGAUAGGAAUCUGGAAUUUUCGAUACCGGCCGAGGUACCCUCCUCACAUGAACACGAAGAUCUCGCAGGCGGAGGCUAUCCACCCCGACGAACUUGAUGAAGAAUUCGACCCGUUUCCCACUAGCCGGAAUCCCGAUGUGGUCAGGAUGAGGUACGAUCGGCUUAGGAGUGUCGCCGGUCGGAUCCAGACGGUUGUUGGCGACAUCGCGACUCAGGGCGAGCGCCUGCAUUCUCUGUUGAGCUGGAGAGACCCUCGGGCGACUGCGAUUUUCGUGACGUUCUGCCUGGUUGCUGCUCUGGUGCUGUACGUCACACCUUUUCAGGUGGUCGGCGCUUUGGCCGGAGUUUAUGCGAUGAGGCAUCCGAGGUUCCGGUACCGCCUCCCGUCUGUGCCUAUAAACUUCUUCCGGCGGCUUCCGGCCAGGACUGAUAGUAUGCUGUAGGAGGACUGAAUGCUUGCUGUAAUUGCGCUUAGGAUUGUGAUGCUUUAGAACAUGGAAGGUUGUACUGUGCCCCUAUACCCUAAUGUAUUUCAAGAAUCAUAUGUUGUCUUAAUCUUGUCUUUGUAGAAUCGAACCUUAUGUCCUUUUAAUAAUAGAAAUGGUGCUUUUACUCGA